AUGACAACUUACCAACCAGUUGAACAAUCAUUACUUGAGGAUGAUUUGGACCUCACGCUUUCUCUGGAUUUAGUUAGGAGCAGGUCUACAGGUUCAUGGAUAAAUCAAGACAAUAUAAGAGAAGUUCAACGAUUCAAUGAUUUCCGAACUAUCGAUUGGGUUGAAGAUGAACUAGAUGCACAAAAAAAGAGAGUGCUCAAGGCUCGACACAUAACGUCUCGUGGGAAUAACUUGAAAGACAAAAUAAUAUCGCAGGUGCAAAACUGGGUUGUGCUAGGGAUUAUGGGUUGUUCUAUAGGAUUGAUAGCAGGGUCAUUGAACAUCAUUACUUCAUUUUUAUCAAAUAUCAGAACUGGCCAUUGUAAGAGAAAUUUUUAUCUUAGCGAGUCCUUUUGUUGUUGGGGAGAAGAGAGUGAUCAUUGUGACAAUUGGGUGAAAUGGACCUCAUUUGAGUUUAUAAACUAUAUUUUUUAUGUGUUGAUUUCCCUACUUUUUGCGUAUCUGGCAGCCAAAUUGGUGAAAUUUUAUGCCCCAUCAGCCGCUGGAUCUGGGAUUUCUGAAAUCAAAUGCAUUGUCUCCGGAUUCGUAAUGGAUGGAUUUUUAGGGUGGCCAACAUUGUUUAUCAAAAGCUUGGGCUUGCCGUUGGCUAUUGGAUCGGGAUUAAGUGUGGGGAAAGAAGGACCAAGUGUGCAUUAUGCUGUUUGUGUGGGCAACUCUAUAGCAAAACUAAUUACCAAGUACAGAAAGAGUGCACUGAGAGCAAGAGAGUUUUUAACUGCAACAGCUGCUGCCGGUGUUGCCGUUGCAUUUGGAUCACCUAUGGGUGGAGUUUUAUUUUCCGUGGAAGAGAUUUCUACCGUGUUUCAAUUGAACACUAUUUGGAAAUCGUAUUUUUGUGCAUUAAUAGCAGUCACUACCUUGGCAGCACUCAAUCCAUUUAGAACGGGACAAAUGGUACUUUUUGAAGUGACUUAUGACACCAACUGGCAUUAUUUUGAGAUCCCCGUUUACAUUAUUCUCGGUAUAUUUGGAGGAUUAUACGGAAUUAUUGUUUCCAAAUUUAACAUACGAGUUGUUGCAUUCAGGAAAAAGCAUUUGGGUAAUUUUGCUGUCAGAGAAGUUUUGAUAUUGACCUUGUUUACAGCCAGCUUUUCAUAUUUUAACCAGUUUUUACGUCUAGAUAUGACUGAAACAAUGCAAAUACUAUUUCAUGAAUGUGAUAAAAACUUUCACCAUCCCAUAUGUGACUCCCUGAAUAAAAAGGCAGGCAUCAUUGUCUCAUUAUUGUUUGCAACUUUUGCAAGAAUGUUAUUGACAAUUGUGACCUAUGGAUGCAAAGUGCCUGCCGGCAUAUUUGUUCCUUCGAUGGCAGCUGGUGCAACAUUUGGCAGAGCCUUGGGGAUAAUAGUUGAUUUAGUCUAUGCAAACCAUAAAGACUCUUUUGUGUUUCGAAAUUGUCCAAAAGAUGGCAAGUGUAUUAUUCCAGGGACUUAUGCAUUUUUAGGAGCUGCAGCUGGGUUAUGUGGCAUUACCGAUUUGACGGUUACUGUUGUUAUAAUUAUGUUUGAAUUAACUGGUGCCCUACGCUAUAUUAUCCCAACUAUGAUUGUUGUUGCAAUCACCAAAAGUAUCAAUGAUAAAUGGGGGAAAGGUGGAAUAGCCGAUCAAAUGAUAAAAUUCAAUGGGUUACCGUUAAUUGAUUCGAAAGAAGUCUUCACCUUUGGUACCAGUGUCGAGAGUGCAAUGUCCACUGUUAUGGUAUCACUCUCGACCGAUUUAAACGACAGCAUAACAUUGAAACAAUUGCAAACUACCUUGUUUAAAACUAGAUACCGAGGGUUUCCAAUCAUUAAGUCCAGCAAAGAUCCCAAAAUAAUUGGAUAUGUUUCACGACAUGAUUUGGAAUGUAUAUUGAAAAAGCAUGCAAAUGUGAAUGAGGACAUAUUAUGCAAUUUUAACGAGGCUGAAUCUGGAGAAGUCGACAAAGUAGAUUUUGAUGGUGUCAUCAACAAAUCCCCAUUGACAGUGAAUUUCAAUACGUCGUUGGAGUAUGUUUUGGAUAUUUUUGCAAAGUUGGGAGCACGAUAUUUGCUUGUGGAGAAAGAAGGUUGUUUAGUUGGAAUAAUAACAAGAAAAGAUGUAUUGCGGUAUGAAUACACUGUUCAUGAGCACAAUCGUGACAAUAUCCAACAAGCAAAACAUGACGCAUUUGAUGAAAAAGUCUGGGAAUUUAUUAAUGUAAUUGGCACAUCAGCGAAAAAGAAUAUUGGUAAAUUACUACAUAAUGAUCCAAAUAGAUAUUUAUAG